CUGUUCAGACCUGAAAGGAGCGAUUUGGCUGCUCUUCAGCGGCAUUCUGCCGCUCCUGUCGACUCCCUCUCUCUCUCUCUCUCUCUCUCUCUCCCUCUCUCUCAAAGCAGAGGGGUUUCUUUUAUAUAUAUACAAUUGACUUUUUAUUUCGUAUGCUAAAUUCCUCGGGACUCGACGAGGAGCUUUCCGUUGCAUCGCCAGCCAGCCUCGGGGUCUGGAAGAGGGGAAGAUGCCUGAUGGAGCGCUCCAUCACCGCCAGUGCGCCACUUCAGGGCACCCCGUGCGCCGGAUAACGACGAGAUGCCGAGGUUUAGCGUCAGGGGGACGGUGGCGGCGGUGCUGAUCGUCCUGGUCGUCGGCGCUUUCUUUUUCUGCGAGUAUCUGAUCUACUUCCCGACCAUCCUCAAGUGCGCCUGGCCGAAGACCAGCCAUGCCCGCGGGGGAGAGGGCAUCGACGGCCGGCUGGCGGACUCGGCGGUGCGCGCCAUGGUGCUGUCGGACACCCACCUCCUCGGAGCCGUCGGCGGACACUGGUUCGACAAGCUGAGGAGGGAAUGGCAGAUGGAGAGGGCUUUCCAGACCGCUCUGUGGCUGCUCAAGCCCGAAAUAGUGUUUAUUCUCGGGGAUAUCUUCGACGAAGGCAAGUGGAGCUCGCCGAAGCACUGGGAGGACGACGUGCGGCGCUUCCACAGGAUGUUCAGACACUCCCCGGACACGGAACUGGUCGUGCUGGUCGGCAACCACGACAUCGGCUUCCAUUACGAGAUGGACUGGUUCAAGCUGCAGCGCUUCGAGAAGGUCUUCAACGCUUCCUCCACCAGGAUCGUCACCAAGAAGGGAGUCAACUUCCUGCUGGUGAACAGCGUGGCCCUGCACGGCGACGGGUGUCCCAUCUGCCAGUCGGUGGAGAAGGAGCUGAUCAAACUCUCCAGGGACCUCAACUGUUCCCUUCAGAGCUCCCAGUCGGGCGACGGAGUGACGGACAGCUGCGAGGCCACGCGCCUCUACCCUCCCUCCCCCCCCAUCAUGUUACAGCACUACCCUCUGUUCAGAGUGAGCGAUGCCACCUGCACGGGCCUGGACGCCGCGCCGCCGGAAGAGCGCCACCUGCUGUUCAGAGAGAAGUACGACGUGCUGUCUAAGGAGGCCUCGCAGAGGCUGCUGCAGUGGUUUAAGCCCCGCCUCAUCCUGAGUGGACACACCCACAGCGGAUGUGAGGUUCUCCAUGACAACAAGUACCCUGAAAUCAGCGUGCCGUCCUUCAGCUGGAGGAACAGAAACAACCCGAGCUUCAUCCUGGCGUCGGUGUCCCCCGGCAGCUUCGCUCUGUCCAAAUGCUUCCUGCCGGAGGAGAGCACGGUGAUCGGCGUGUACUGCUCGGCCGGGGCCUGCAUGCUGAUGCUCGUCCUGGCCCACUGCCUGUGGAUGAAAGGCCUGCUGCAGUGUCUCAGCCUGUGCCUGCUGGGCAAGCACAAGUCCAUGUGAGCCCCCCCCGGUUACCCAGGGUGCACCGGGACAAGGGUGCAGAGGAGCGCAAUGGACCCUCGGUGAAAUGCAAGACGGGAGGAUUCAAAAAAAGAAAUGUUGUUUUGCACAACCUCGGUUCCUUCUUCCGAGCGUUUUUUUUACGGCACCGCGAAGGAGCGUCUGAACGGGACCGUCACCUCGGAUACGAUGAUGUGGUCAUAGCCUGUGGUGACAAGACACAAGUUGGGCCUACUUGUGGUUACAGAUCAUCAACCGUGUUUCAUCUUCCUUUGGAGUGCCAGACGGAUGCAGCUCACCAAAACAAAGCUUUUUCCUGGCUGAACUAUUAGAAAACACACACACACACACACUCACACACACACACAAAGACUAUUCAGUACAUAUUUGAACUUUACACUGCUCCUCUCACCUCCCUUUGUUUCUGCUGUCGAUGUCUGAUGUUUUUAUGAUGCAUAUGUGGAUAUAUUCAUUGAUGACUCUCCAUGCCAAAUGAUUGUGAGGGGCUUUGCCAAGUUGUUGAAACGUUUCUAAGGAACAGUAAAUAAUACAUAAGAAGCUAAAAGCUCUUGUUUUUUUUUUAGAGAGUUUUGGCUCCAGCAAGAGGGUGGUAAUGUUAGAAGUAUGAUCAAUCAUCAGCAGCCAUGUCACGCAAUGGAUGAUUACAAAAUAUCCCCCCUGUCCUCAAUUCUAAUCCAGGAAUCGGCAUCAGAAGUGGACACGACGUCACGAUUGUAAGAUUAUUUAUGAUUGAAACACAAAAUCAUGUCAAAUAAAAAGUUGUAAAAGAAGUAAAAAAAUAUUGGGUACAUCUUC